CGCCAUGUUGGCCACCAAAGAGCCUGAAAGAAAAGCGCUCUAACAAGCUAACAUUAGCCGUAACGUGGUAUGUGUGGAGGUCCCAGCUGAAAUAAAUGACCGGCUGUGUUGUUCAAAAACCUGAAAACCUACUUGAGCGAUUUAUUUGAGUCUGUAUGUUUACAUUUUCUACGUUACAGUGUUGUAAAUCAGUCUUCACUCACGUGAGAAUAGUUCGUACCCUUUGGAAACCGACGCCAUAUUUGUUGUGCUUAACUAACGGAUUACCCAUAGGCGUGAAUGUAAUGUCAUUUGAUUUUCCGUUGGAGGCACACCUCCACCCACUCCAGAGAUGCUAACGACGUUGGGUUGGAAGUUUGGAAAGAAGCGAAAACACACUUCGGUUGCUCAGCACUGCCCAGAGGAACAUGACUUUCGCACCAGCGCAGAGCUGUCGUACUGUCCCACUUUCCAAUGGUUUGCAGAUUCCAAUAUUUGGAUUAGGCACAUCACAUGACGGUGGAUACUCUCAUGAUACCAUUGUGUAUGCACUCACUGAGUGUGGUGUUCGCCACAUCGACACAGCGAAAUACUAUGGCUGCGAGGAGAAACUGGGCAACGCUAUCGCAGAAAGUGGGAUUCCACGAAGUGAUCUGUGGGUCACCAACAAACUGUGGCCAGCAGACUACGGAUACAACGCUGCAAAGAAGGCGUGCCUUGACUCCUGCUCACAGAUGGGGGUGAAAUAUUUUGAUCUGUACCUGAUGCACUGGCCAGAGUCAUCGCGACCUGGUUGCUCUAACAGGAAGGUGAGAGCUGAGACCUGGAGAGCUUUGGAGGAACUGUAUAAAGAAGGGGUGUGCUGUGCUAUUGGAGUGAGCAACUUUAUGGUCCACCACCUGGAAGAAUUAAAGGAAGACUGUCGUGUCGUACCACAUGUUAACCAGGUGGAGUAUCAUCCUUUUCAGCAGCCCCAUCACCUGAUGGAGUACUGUCGUCAGGAGGGAAUUGUGUUUGAAGGCUACUCUCCUUUGGCCAAGGGUCAAGUCCUCAGCAACCCGACUAUUCUUCAGAUAGCAGAAAAGUACAGACACACACCUGCUCAGAUCUGCAUCCGCUGGAGUAUUCAGAAUGGAGUGGUGACAAUACCAAAAUCCACCAAAAAGGAGAGGAUUCAAGAAAACUGUCAAGUGUUUGGGUUUCACCUGGAGGAGUCGGACAUGGCUGCUUUGGGAAGCUUUCACGAUGGAAGACAUGUGACUUGGGAUCCAACAAAUGUGGAGUAACAAUAUGUAAGAAAACUCAAGAGUGCGUUUGUCUGGGAACUAGUCUUGUCAAUAAACAAUUGACUCAAGAACUAACAUUGAGAUUUUAAUAAGAUAUUAGUACUUUGUUCAUUAGCAGUGUGUCAUUCUUUGUUAGCUAACCAAUGUAACUGUAGAGUAGUUGUGCUAGUAUUGACAUUAGUAGUUUUGUCAUCUCAGAUUAUAACUAAAUGAUCACAGUGUAGACCUCCAUAGAUUCUUCUGGUUCCACCACCACCACACACAGCAUCACAGGUCCGGGCACCUCACACUGAGGAACACAAGGCAGAAUUUUGACCCGCAUCAGAUAACUCUUCACCAUGAUGAUGAUUACUAGUAUGAGUGAGCGGCUUUUGGGUAAAUCCGUCCUUUCAUGCUCUUUUCUUGGUGCUAAACUGUUCACUCCUAAAGUCUUAAAACAAAAAGUCAGUAGGCCAAUAGUAUGUCAUAAAAAAGGACAACGGCAGAGUGCAGUGUAUCAUUUGCUAUGCGAAGAUGGUGAUUGGCUGCAUUCUGCCGUGCCUCCAGGAACUGUACGCCUCCAGUUACGUGAGCAGGCAGGAAAGAUUGUAGCUGACACACCCCUGACACAAACCUUUUGGAACACCCCCCUCUGGCAAUAGGGGGUCUAUCAGGACCAAAACCUCACGCCACAAAAACUGUUUCCCCCCCCCCCCCCUGGAACUGGCCUCAUCAAUAAGGCCAGGGCCCCCCACUGACAUGGACUCCUAUCCCCCGUCAUAGAGACGUUACAUUAACGUCUUCACAUGCGUCUAUAUGCGUUACAUUAAUGCACAUUUUCGGGACUAUAUCUCUGUACAUUGCAUAUUCUUGAAUACUUCUUACUGUGAACCUUUGCAUUCCUUGGACAAUUUGCACAUUUUUGCAGAGCUCUUCUCAAGACAGCACAGCUCUUCCGUUUUUAAUUCAGAUGUAUUGCAACAUAGUUUUGAAUAGAUUUUUCUCCCGUCUAUAUUUACAGUAUUUCAUAUUCUUAUUGAAUUCUUCUAUUUUUAUGUUUCUUGAUUUUUGCAAUACUUGCUUUAAUUUUGAUUCCUAUUACUACGUUUGUUAUGCACCAAAGCAAAUUCCUUGGCAAUAAACAGGAUUCUAAAAAAUCA